GACAGUUCUUGGUGGGGCGGAGAUCGCCCGCAAGCCACAAACAGCCACUUGAAACGGGAUCUCACCUCCUAGGGCCCUCCAGGCUUCAAUGUUUACUGUUACAACGCGCAUCCCCAGGUGCCUAACUUCGUCAAUGCCUCCCAGGCACCCAUUUCGGUGACCUUGAGGUCCGUCCCAUCGUCAUUGCAAGUCCGCCCGACCGAAUCGCUCCGUCCUUUUCGAGCUUUCGAUUAGAGUUCAGCUGCGGCUGCCGUCCACGCGAGCAACGUCGAUGUAGCCGAUCCAGAUUGCGACGGACCACAUCUUAGGCCAGAGAAAGAAGAAAGGAGUAUAGCAGCAUGAGUAGCGCAUUCGGUGGAAGGGGGAGCAAUAUCCCGUAUGCGUUCAAUCCUGGCGCGAACCAUGGCCCGUUACCCGCCAUGGGCGGCGCUGAGACAGCGAAUGCUGCGCAGGAUAGGCUCAUUGUGGGUGUCGAUUUCGGGACCACGUACAGCGGCGUAGCAGCCGUGUACAGCGCGACUCCUGAUGAUAUCGACAUCAUCAAGACCUGGCCUGGCGGAAACGGAAUCACCUCAGACAAGGUCCCCACCGAAAUCGCCUACUCUGAAGUCGCCACGCCGAACGGCUCCAGCACCUCGAUAGAUCAGCUUGGGAAGCCGGCGCAGAACAUAAAAUGGGGCUUCCAGUUUAAGCCAGAGGAGACGCGCCUGCGCUGUAUAAAGCUGUUCCUCGACCGCAAUCAAAAGCUACCGCAUUUCGUCUCGCCGCUCGAAACCGCUGCGCAGCUGAGGAAAUAUGAGAAGACUGUCAUGGAAGCUGUGUCGGAUUAUCUCUCGCAGAUAUACAAGCAUACGAUGGAAACGCUGACGAGAAGAUAUGGCGAGACGUUCCUGGGAAUGACAAAGGUGCAGUUUGUGUUGACUGUGCCGGCGGUGUGGUCUGAUUCAGCCAAAGAUGCUACGUUGAAGGCAGCUGAAAAGGCGGGCAUGGGGAAUAGACAUGAUCUAAAGCUGAUAUCGGAGCCCGAGGCGGCGGCAGUAUAUACCCUGAAGGCGAUCCAGCCCAAUCAUUUGAAGGUCGGAGACAAUUUCAUCGUAUGCGACGCUGGUGGCGGGACAGUAGAUCUGAUAGCAUACAAGAUAAUCCAGCUCAAUCCCCUACGCGUCGAAGAAUCCGCCGUGGGCACUGGUGGCCUUUGCGGGUCAGCGUUCUUGAAUUAUCGCUUCGAGGACCACGUCAAGCAGCGCAUAGGCACCGAGCGCUACAACUGGAUGCGCGAGAAGAAAGCCAAGACGUGGAACAUGGGGCUCAAGUACUUUGAAGAAUUCGUCAAGCGGAACUUCAACGAGGAGGAGCACAAUGAAGUCAACGUUCCUUUUCCUGGUCUACCUGAUGAUGAAGAAGCUGGAUUGGAUUCGGGCUUCUUGGUCAUGACUGCAGAUCAGGUCAAGGAGAUCUUUGAUCCGGUAGUGCAAGAGGUGAUUGACCUUGUGGAAGGUCAAGUCCAAAGCAUAAGGCACAAGGGAGGGUUGGUGUGCGGCAUUGUGCUGGUGGGAGGCUUCGGCCAGAGCAACUAUCUUUACGGCCGCAUGAAGGCGCACUUCAACAAUGCGCCUCCUCCGCCGUACACGGAGAGACCGACGCAUGCGGUCGCCAUGAGUGCUCCCAACACAAUUGAGAUCUACCAUCCAAUACACGCUUGGACGGCUGUGGUAAGGGGCGCAGUACUGAGGGGCUUGGAGGGCAGUAUGGUGGUCAGUAGGCGAAGUAGGUGGCAUUAUGGCACAAGCUAUGCCACCGUUUUUGAUGAGGCGAAACAUCCGAUCAGCGACCGGUACUGGAGUCCGCUGUGGGAGCGUUGGAUGGUGAGCGAUAGGAUGCAAUGGCAUAUUGCAAAGGGCGCGCAAGUUUCCGAAUCGUCGCCGAUAUCCUUCCAUUACACGCGCAACUUCCGGCCAGGCCAGUCGCUCAUUGUCGAAGACGACCUCAUCGCAUGCGACGCCGACGUGGCGCCUGACAGUUUCCGCAAGGGCUUAAUCAAUGUUUGCACACUCACCACCGAUUUGAACACUGUUCCUAAGAGCCUUUUUACGAGGCUGACGACGACGAAGGGUGUCGAGUUUGAUAAUCUCGAUUUUACGUUGGAUAUGAAAAUUGAGAGCGCGGGGCUGGUCUUCGAAUUGAAGGUUGAUGGCGUGAGGUAUGGGGCUGUUAGUGCAAAAUUUCAUUAGGGAAGGGCAUAUGAAUGGCGGGUACAUGGAUGGAGGGAACAUGACGGGUUUGGUUUGGGCGGCGUAUCUGCGUUUAUGGGGAUUGCUGCGUUGGACGGCAUAUGCAUCGUAGGUCCUAGUAUACUCCAAGAGAUCCAGGCGGCUUUUUCAAAGGAGGAUGCCCUCGGCGGUCAACUUCUAGGUGGGCGCGGUGGCGCCAAAACAUGUGGCCUUCGCAUACUACUAAGACUAGCAAAGAGAGAAAUGGAUAGGAUUU